AUGGAGAACCAAGCGAGCUUAGUUAAUACAGAAGCGACCACUACUGAUGAAAUAAAUACGGACCCAAUCAGCAAUACACAAAAUAUAGAUAUUUAUGAAGUACAGCUAGGACGCAACAAAGCCCUUAAAUUACUCGCACUACAUAUAUUGAAACACCUCCCAGAUGAUAUUCUUCGUGAAGAGCUGGAUGUUUCAUCGAUUAAAUCUAACGAAGCUAUCCCAGAUUAUGGGCCAUGUAUGGAAUGUGAUAUCCCUAUUUUGACAGAAGACCCGCCUAGAUCGCUCGUUUUAAAUGUUUGUGGUGAUAUGAUCCACCGGACUUGUGCAGAAAAAAUCCAUAAAGAUGGAACAUUACUCUGCUCAUGUAGGAAGGCAGAUCAUAGUGAUCCAUUAUUACCUUUCCAAUACAGCAUAGUUGAUUAUGGUGGUAGAGAAAAGAGUAGUAUUACGGAAUCUGAGAGACCCUCUCUUGUUAAUCUUAGAAAUCUUGGAUAUAAUAUCCUCAAAAGUCUCGAUGAUGAAACCGUUGGAGAUAUUGAUUUUUCAGAACUAGAUUCAUGCCCCGAAUGUGGCAAUGACAUUUUAAUAUCUCCUCUCAAAGCAUUCUUAUACCUCGCCUGCGGACAUAUUUUUCACAGACUCUGUAUCGAAAAAAACUUUUUAUCGGUACUUCAAGCGCAUGUCCAGCCCCCGACUGUAGCAUUUCAUCAUAAAUCUGCCCACUCGCAAGUUCAUAGGCUUUUUUGUUCGUAA